AUGAAUUGGCAAACAGUCGAGGAUCAAUAUCACAGAGAUAACAAAUUUUUCGCGCAGUUAGUCGGUGUCUGGCCACGUCAGGAGAGAUUCGCGAAAUUUUCUAUGCGACUUGUCAUACUUGUUAUAGUCACUAUUGCCAUUAUAACCGAGGUAUCGCGGAUUGUAGUAUUUUAUAGUGUGGACGUGCUUUUGGAUCAGGUUGUUUAUCUGGAUAUAGGUAUAACGGUAUUAGUGAAACAGUACAAUUGCAUCCUGAAUGAGAAGAAGUUGAAUGAACUUUUAAACGAAAUCGUGGCCGAUCGCAUGAUGGAACGCCCGAAGGAAGAACUGAAGAUUUUGGAUACGUACUACAGGAAAGCGAUAAUUUUCUCCUCUAUAUAUAAAGCGAGCAUAUCUUCCUCCGCGUUGAUGUUCAUUUCUAUACCGGCCAUUCCACCUAUUUUGAACAUCAUAGCGCCCCUGAACGAGUCACGAGGCCGUGAAUUCGUUUACCCAGCGUAUUAUUUCGUUGAUGAACAGCGAUAUUAUUACCUUAUACUAGCGCAUAUGGUAUCAAUGGCUCUAGUACUGGCAGCUGUAUUUAUUGCAUGUGACAUCAAUUUGAUUUAUCUCAUACAUCACGGGUGCGCUUUGUUAGCUAUCAGCGGAUAUCGUUUUAAGCACGCAAUGGAUGAUGUGACUUUAUUUAAUGGAAACUACAACAACAUGCUGAUACAUGAAGCUUACGUAAAAGUAUGCCGAUCCAUCGAGGGUCACAAAAGGGCCGUCGAAUAUGUGCAUAAAAUCGACGCUUGUUACGUCCGUUACUUCUUCCUACUCUUGGGCCUGAUAAUCGUAGCAUUCACAUCCACUUUUGUUAGGUUGUCAACGAUGGAAGUGGGAACUAGAUUCUUCACGUUUUGCGGGUUCACUGUUGCACAAUUGGUCCAUCUGUUAUUUUUGACCGUUAUGGGACAAUUUGUGGAAAAUUCCAAUGAGGAAAUCUUUCAAACAGUAUACGAAGCCAAAUGGUACAAUGGUUCGUCGAAAACGCAAUUGUUGUAUGUACUAGUGUUACGAAAAUGUUUAAAUCCGCCCAUACUAACAGGUGGAGGAUUGGUUCCUUUGAAUUUGUACAGCUUUGUACAGAUUCUGAAAGCAUCAUUUUCGUAUUACACAGUGUUUAGAUCUACAUAAUUUGAACAGAAUUGCAAAGUUCCAAUUAUAGCAUAC